CACUAUCUUGCCCCGAAGCAGGACCUCGCAGCGGCCUUGAAGGAGGCCAGCAUCUCAGCUUCUUUCUUCCGCACCCUCUUUCAUGGACAGUCCCUGUGCUACCGCAGUGAGCCUACCGAAGAGGUACUGGAGGAUUAA